AUGUCGACCAUCCGCCCCGUCCCCUCCUCAAACGACCCCUCGCCAACCACACCAUCAUCCCACACUACCUACCGUCCCUCCACCCCCUCUCCCUCACGCUCCCACACCAGCACCCCCACCACCAUCGCCACUCUGACUCCUGAGGGCCAUCACCGUGCUGUUCCUGCUUCUCGAUCUAAGGCUCGCGAACCUGUGCCUUUGCAUCCUUAUCAGAGAUGUUGUCAGCCUAAGGAUGGUGGUGAGCAAGGUGAGCAAGGUCAGGUACCAGGAUCUCAGAAUUGGAUUGAGGUCAAGAGGGUUUGGUGGAAGAGAGUCUGGAGUUGUAUUUGGGGGUGA